CCUCAGGUGACGGGAUCCGAUCCUGUGAAUCGGUGGAGCCCAGGCGAGGAGCUCUUCUGUAAUAAAUCUCGCUCUCUUCUCUUCCCUCUCUGUAUCUGUGGCGGUGAGGUAGACGGCGACAUGGCGGAGUACGGCGAGGACAAGGAGAGAUCCAACGGCGUUAUCGAUGGCGACGAGGAAGGCGUGCGAGGCUCGAUCGAGAUCGAGCUCGACCCUGUCACCCCUGGCGGAGGCGAGACGCUCUACUCCGUCCUCCGCGACUUCUUUGCCGGCGUCGUUUCGCCGCCGCCGCCCGGCAUCCUUCAUCGGAUCAAGUCAUCCGCCUCUGAAUCCGCACCCCGCCUUCAGGAAGCUUCUCGAAACUCGGCGAGGAACCUCUGCCUAUGGACCCGCCGCGGCGGCCCAAUCCGCGCCCUCUUCGUCAUCUCGGUUGGAACAAUCACUCUUUUGGCUUUAACAGGGUUGUUGAUAUUUUUUUGUUUCUUGGUCACUGCAACACUAAAUGCUAUUAUUAUCUCGUUACUGCUGUCCUUGGCGGCUGCUGGUGGUUUUUUGGCUAUCUUCUUUGCAUGCUUAACAGCGAUAUAUAUUGGAGCAUUAUCCUUUGCAGUUUUCAUAAUCUCCACAACAACCAUCUCAGCCAUCAUAGCAGUCUUUGUAGCUACUGGAUGGAUUGCGUUCUUCUGGCUUGUGUGGCUUGCUGUUAAAAAAAGUUUGGACCUCACCAAGAAAUCUGUGAGUAUGACGAGCUCUGCUAUUUCUGCAUACUCAACUGCUUGGCAGGCAAAACGGGAUUUAGCAUCGAAAAGAGAUUAACUGAAAACUGAACUUGUAAACAUCCCUAUCCUAGCUAUGACUCUCCUUGGUUUAUGCAUAAAAGCUUGUAAGAUAAGCACCACUUUGGUGAACUGUUUUCAUACCUGCCUGUGGUGUUGCAGGUAUUGCACCCAAGUUGAUUGGUUGAAUUUAGUAGUCACACGGUAAGAACUCUUUGUUGAGCCAAACGGUUAUUGUGAAUAUCAUAAGAUGGUUGUUUUUGUA